AUAUAACUAAAUGGUGAUAGGAUUUUGACGUUGGAGAUUUGAUGGGGUUUUGGACAAAGCGGAGGUGAAGUGAAAGAGGGAGGAGAAAGAAAUGGCGGCGUUGCAUUUCCUCAAACAGUUAACGUGCCUUGUUGGCGCUCAUUCCCCCACCCUCUCUCGCCGCCUCAUACACUACUCACCACUUCUUCCCUUUCUCUCCAACCAUCACAAAAUCGUUAGGUACCAUUACCAAUGGCUUCACCAUUUGCAUCCCAAUGUUGAUGUUGCUGCAUCUCCAAAUGCAAACUUUUCUACAGCUUUUUCUUCCCCCGCUCUAUCAGACAACUCUCUUAAUCUACCUCAACCAUAUAGUUCCGUUCUGAUUUACUGUCCUAAAGACACUGCAGAUGUGCUUGCAGAAGCUCUUUUAUGCUUUGGUGCAAGUUCUGUAAGCAUGGAUCAAGAAGAUAUCUGUCAAAGUAUUGAUGAAAUUUGCAUUAGUUCAAUCUUUCCUGAAGGUGAAGAUAUAAAUGCAAGCAUUUCACAUGCAGCUGAUUCUAUUGGUUUAAGGGAGAUACCAAGAUAUGAAGUUAAAAUUAAUGAGGAGGAGGACUGGAUAAAGAGAGCUCAUGAAUUAUUUCAACCAGUUCAAGUUACUGAAGGCCUAUGGGUGGUGCCCAAGUGGUGCACUCCACCAGCUGUUCAAGCAACAAAUAUAAUUCUCAAUCCUGGAGUAGCCUUUGGAACAGGGGAACACGCCAGCACCAAACUUUGUCUAUUACUCUUACAUGAUUGUAUAAAAGGAGGAGAACAUGUUCUGGACUAUGGCACAGGAACCGGAAUUCUUGCAAUUGCAGCUCUAAAGGUUGGAGCUGCCUUUGCUGUUGGAGUUGAUGUAGAUGCACAAGCAAUUGCAUCAGCAUCUCAAAAUGCUUCCCUGAACAACAUUGGACCAGACAAAAUGCAACUGCUCCUGAUUGCUAGCAAAACCUCCUCAUCCUCCAAGGAUGACUGGACAUUUGGAGUUAUGGGAGGAGAAAACACUUGUGAGAUGCAAAGAGUUACUGAAAGGGAUAAGUUUGAUGUUGUCAUUGCAAAUAUACUAUUAAAUCCUUUAUUGAACCUUGCUGAUGAAAUUAUCUCUUGGGUAAAGCCUGGAGCAGUUAUUGGUCUCUCUGGUAUCUUAUCUGAGCAGGUACAGUGCAUCAUACAAAGAUAUUCACCAUUCUUAGAAGGCAUAGAAGUGUCCAGAAUGGAUGACUGGGCUUGUGUGAGUGGCAGAAAAAGAAAUUUGGAUGUUUGUUAACUCAUUUAUGUAAGUGAUCAAUUUGGAGGUUUGGUAGAUCCCAACCAUUCCCUAACUGUGUAGCUUGAUGCCUCCCGGCAUAUUUUGUGUGGGGAUAGCUUCUAACCUACCCAGUUGCAACUGACAUGCACUUUGGAAAUGAUCAAUGCCAUCUUUGGUUGUUGUAGUAUUCUUUGCUGAUUUUUUUUUUUUAUAAGAAACAACUAUUAAUAUUUUCCGUAUUUUAAUUAUAAGAUAUAAAGAACUAUUUUUAUAUACAAUAAAUGCUAAAUUUUGUU